UGGAACGCUUAAAGGCGGAGGCGGAUUUCUUAUAUCGUCGGAAUAUAAACGACCGUUCUGGAGUCUCCGACGAGCUCGAUUGGAAUCGCGGUAAAGCUUCUUCUUCUUCUUCUUCAUCUCCGAUCCUCAUCGCGAUGGGCUGCACGCAAUCGAAGAUCGAGAACGAAGAACUGGUGGCGCGAUGCAAGGAACGGAAGCAAUUAAUGAAGUCCGCAGUCAACUCCCGCAACGCCAUGGCCGCCGCUCAAUCCGCUUACACCAUGGCCCUCAAGAACACCGGCGCCGCGCUUUCGGAAUACGCGCAGGGCGAGCUCCAUGAAUUCCGUGCCGCUUCCAACACCCUCCCCUCUUCCUCUUCGGCCCCUGCCGGCCAAAUCUCUAUUGUUUCUUCCUCAGCUGCCGCUUCUAUUGGCAACGCUACAUCCGUCGUACAGCCCCCGCGUGACAAUUUCCUUCCUCCGCCUCCUCCACCCGGCCAUCUCCCAUCAGUCGCACCUCUCCAGCGCGCGGCCAGUAUGCCUGGUCUUCCGAUUUCCAAGGUUCGACGAAAAAAGUUUGCACAUGACUCGGCGAUAAAUGAAGAAGACGAUCCGGAGGGGACUGUGGAUGACUCUGAGAUGGAUGGUGCUGAUGACAGCUCUGCAGCUCCCGCGACACCUCCGGCACCUCCUGCACCACCUAAACCAUCGGAAACCAAACCGGCGCCACCGCCGCACCAGCCCACGGUUGGGAACUGGGAUAUACUCAACCACCUGUUCAAUACUGAUCAUAUCCCCGGUCCAUCCCUCGGGCAGCCGGAGGAAUCGACGCUUGAUAAGGAAGCGGAGAAAUUCGCCAAGGCUGAAUCUACUCCCGCUGCUGCUGUUAAGGAUCCUACGCCUCCAGUACCGGCCAUGGUGAUCCCGGAAAAGGGUGUUGCCGAGCCAGCGCCGAUCCAACAGCAAAGGACAGCGAGGAAGCAGAGGCCGAGCGGCGGUUCAUCACACCAUCAUCGGACAGGGUCUGCAGGCGGGGGAUCGGAGAGCAGGCGGGGGAAGACGGUUCCUGGUAACUUCUUGCAGAUUUUAAUGGAGCUGGAUGAACAUUUCCUCAAGGCUUUUGAAAGUGCUAAUGAGGUUUCUAAGAUGCUUGAGGCGACCAGGCUGCACUAUCACUCCAAUUUUGCAGAUAAUCGAGGGCUUAUUGACCAUUCUGCAAAAGUCUUGAAGGUGAUCACAUGGAAUAGGUCAAUUAAAGGAAUCCGCAGCGAAGUUGAUGCCCAGGAUGAUUUAGAUGAUGAGAAGUGGGAAACUCAUGCCACUGUGUUGGAUAAAAUGCUUGCAUGGGAGAAGAAACUAUAUGAUGAAGUCAAGGCUGUUGAGCUUAUGAAAUUUGAGUACCAGAGAAAGCUUCAUUUACUGAACAAACAGAAAAAGCAUGGUGUGGGAUCGGAAUAUUCGGAAAAGCUGACAGCAGCGGUGAGCCAGUUGCAUACAAGAUACAUUGUCGAUAUGCAGUCCAUGGAUUCCACGGUCUCGGAAAUUAACAACCUGCGUGAUCAUAAGUUGUACCCAAAGCUAGUAGAACUCGUGAAUGGGAUGUCGAGAAUGUGGGAAGCCAUGCAUUUCCAUCACAGCAACCAACAGAAGCUCGUUGCCGCCCUCCGAGACUUUGAAAUUUCACACGCUCCUCGAGAAACAAGCGAACAACAUCACGAAACAACCAUCCAACUCUGGCAGAUUGUUCGAGAAUGGCAUUCACAGUUCCAAAAUCUCAUCACUCACCAGAAACAGUACAUAAAAUCACUCAAAAGUUGGUUGGAUCUUAACUUAAUUCCAAUCAAAAGCAGUUUGAAGGAGAACUCAUCAUCAACGCCACCAGAAAUUAAACCUCCAAUCAAAGAUCUUAUUCAUGCUUGGCAUGAUCAGCUCGAAAAGCUUCCAGAUGGAUUUGCCAAAGGCGCCAUAAUUAGCUUCUCUGAAGUCAUCAAGACAAUUAUUAUUCUUCAGGAAGAUGAAUUGAAGCUCAAGGAAAGAUGCGAGGAAACCCGCAAGGAAUUCUUUCGUAAGAAACGAAAUUUCGAGGACUGGCAUCGUAAGUACGUCGAAAAGAGGGCUGAGAAUAAAGAUGGCGAUGACACAAACCAGAAAGACAUGGUGGAAGAAAGGAAAUUUGCCGUGGAAAGUUUGGAGAUAAGGCUUAAGAGUGAGGAGGAGACUUAUCAGAAAACCUGUAAGCAGGUGAGGGAGAAAUCUGCUGGAACUCUUAAGAACAAGCUGCCGGAGCUUUUUGAGGUAAUGUCGGAGUUCUCACUUUCCUGUGCUGAGAUUUACAAGCAGCUGCGGAUUAUAACUCAGCCUGAAAAGCCAACUGCUUCUGGUUAGAUUUUUCUUCCUUACAUGUACAUAUAUAGGCUUCCAGCAUAUAUUUUAGGGAAAUUUACAUAUUUACCCCACA